UGUAGUCUUUAGAGAGGAAGGUGAAACGAAGAGCAUUGCAGGCGGAGACUACAAUCCCAGAAGCCUUUGGGCACACCUGGAAAAGGCAGCCGCUUCCUGAAAAGCCGAGACUGGGAAUCCUUAGCGUCAACAAGAGGGGGAAGAGAAAUUGGAUGCUUGAAAAUUAAGUCCCUCGAGCUUGGGAAGGGGAUCUACUAGAAUUGUUCUACUACUUGCAAGAGUUCUGCUGUUAUUCUGGAUUUGGUUAAAUCUCUUGGAGGCAUUUUUGUUGGCUAAGAUGGGUUGCCGUGAUGUCCAUGCUGCGACCGUCCUCGCCUUCCUUUCUGGUACAGCUGCCUUAUCUGGACUUAUUGCCGCCGCUCUGCUGCCUAACUGGAGACAGAUGCGACUCUUCACCUAUAACAAGAAUGAGAAGAAUGUCACCGUGUACACUGGGCUCUGGAUUAAGUGUGUUCGCUUUGAUGGCAGCAAAGACUGCGUCAUCUACGACACCGAGUGGUACACAGCAGUUGACCAGCUGGAUUUACGCGUCCUCCAGUUUGCUCUCCCCAUCAGCAUGUUAACCACUGUCUUGGCUCUGUUUCUCUGUUUGAUCGGCAUGUGUAAUACCGCCUUCAUAACCACAGUGCCCAACAUCAAGCAGGCCAGAUGUCUCAUAAACAGUGCGGGCUGCCAUCUUGUGGCCGGCCUCUUCUUUCUUCUUGCAUGUGUCAUUUGCCUGACGCCAUCUAUCUGGGUCAUCUUUCAUAACCAAGAACUGAACAAGAAAUACGAACCGGUUUUUUCCUUUGACAUCUCUGUGUUUAUUGCCAUUGCCAGUGCAGGAGGCUUACUGUUUACAGCCAUCCUCUUAUUCCUUUGGUAUUGUGCAUGCAAAACGCUUCCUUCCCCUUUCUGGCAGCCUCUGUAUCCUCAUGCGCCCAGUGUGCAUAGUUACGCCUCCCAACCUUAUUCUGCACGGUCACGCCACUCUGCCAUUGAAAUUGACAUUCCGGUUGUUACACACGCUUCCUAAAUGAUAAGCUGGAGAAGCCAAGCACCUGCUCGUUCUCUCCUUCGCCAAGGCACUGCAGGUGAACUGUUUUCCCCAUUCCCUCGGAGACAUCUAAAAAUGUUUUACAAGGCUAGGUGGGAAAAAAUUGCUAUUGUAACUUGAUAGCUUUUCCAAUUUCUCUAUCUAGGAAUACUGCAGAGAUAGGAAUGUAGUUAGGUAAGUGAGCCAUAAUAUUAGAAUUCUACUUGUUUUGAUAUUGAAGCUGUUCACAAGUUUCUAGUUCUCAUUAAAACUGGUGGCAUGUGAAUUCAUAGGUAAAUUAAAGACUGGGACCUUUUUGCUUUUUAUAUUUUGAACUAGUUUCUUCCAUGAAUUGUACUACUGGAAAAAAACAUGCCUGCUGGUGUUUAUAACCCAGUGCUUGAAACUUUCAUUUUUAAGUAUUUAUUGUCAGUCCAAAUUUUUACCUAAUUCAAAAAUGCCUGGGCUGUAACAAUGUUUACCGAUAGCCAUUUUGUUUUGUUUUUUGCUUAUUUAGAAACAUUUGUUUUGUUUAAUUAUUAAAAGAAUCACCUUUAAAUAAAAAGAAAUAUGUAUAUAAGCAGCAUUAUUCAAUAUAAUAAAAACUGAAAGCAUAAAGUGAACAUCAAUAAUAUUUGUGACUUUCCAUAAAUUUACACCUAAUCUAAAACAACCAGAUUUUAAUAAGAUCAUUCAAAGAUAGCCAUUUUGUACUUUUUGAAAAUGAUAAACUUAGGGAUGUUGAUGAUUCAUUGUAAUAAUUCCCCCCAUUGCAAUAGCAUAGCCUGCAUUUGCUUUUAGGUUUAGGUGAUAUUUCUUAAAUGCUACAUCUUUCUCUUUUUAAACAUAGGAGGUGACCAGAAUCCAUUUACAAUUAAAUUUUACGUAGUACAAUACUGAUAAUUCAAAUAGUCUUGGAAUUAUCUAAAGUUCACCAAUACUAGAAAUCUAUAUUAAUAGGUCCCCUCUGCACUAGACAUUUAAAGCAGGAUCGGGGUCUCCUAACAACUCUCAGCACCCUUAACAAACUACAGUUCCCUUCAGGAGGAAGCCAUGACUCUUUAAACUGGAGUGAUACCUCUUUAAAUGGGGCCAUAGAAUGCUAUUAUAUUUUGAUAUAUAGUUAUAUUGGGCUUUCUGGGUUAUUUAUUUAUAACAAGGAUUUUUGGAUAACCAAAAUUCCUGUUGCUGUAACUUUAAAAAAAAAUCAGAAUUAUUUUAAACACCUUAUAAGUUCGAAUGAAAUCUGCUGCACUGUAUUCAUUGUUUGCUUAGCAAUGCCCUUUGAGCUUUAGACUGUGUUACUAAAUUAGGAUUAUUUUUAUGGUUUGCUGUAUUGAAAAUGGGCCCCUGAAUUAAUAGUAACACUAGUGAUUUCACAGUAUUUUUCUAUAAAUAAUUUUGAAGAUGAGAUUAUUGUUAGAGGCAGUGUUUGACUUGACUUUUUUUUAAAGGACUUCUGGUGCUGCAGCUUUUCAUGUAGGUCAGACUUCUACAUCUCUGACCUUGGUCUUUCCCCCUAUUCAUUAGGAAUCAGGUAUUUGGCUUGUAUUCAGGUAAUUUUUCCCCACUUGGUGGUAUUUAUGCCUUUUGGAUAAUGAAAAGAAUACUAGCAGGUAUCAACUAUCAAGGUUUAUUUUAAGUAUUCAGAAGUAUGGAGCAUGUAGUUUGAGCUAUUCCUUUUU